AAUUGGGGGAGAAUUAAUUCUUGAAAAGAGAAUGGUGCCAAAUAGUUUAAUUGAAUAUUCUACUGUGGAUAAUGUAAAAAUGAAUAAAUAUCAGUUCAAAAUUGAUGCAGAAUUAAUUUCAAGUCAUUCAAAUAUUUUUGUUACUGGAUAUCUUUACAAUCCAUUAUAUGGAUUAAUUGCCGAUCCAGAUUCUCAAUUUGUUAAGAAAAAGCGUGUAAAAUGUUAUAAGAUAAUUGUUGAAUUUGAAGAAGCUGAUGUAAAUUCCCAAUCUUUAGUUAAAUUAAUUAGAAUGGCUAAACCAAAUGAGUUAAUGGAUUCUGAUAAACGAGCAAAAAAUUCAGUUAUUCCAUUUAGUAAUAAUGCAGAUGAUUCUGAAGAAGAAAUUGGUUUGGAAGAUCCUGAAGAAAUGGAAGAAGAUGAAGGCCCAAUUUCACAAGUUGAUUAUCUUUCAAAAUGUGCAAUUAGAGAACGUAAAAUGCUUGCAAGAGAGAGAAAACGUGCCCGACUUAAACAGGAAAAACAAAUUUUGGAGCAACAAAAACAACUUCUUGAAGAGUCUAAACUUUAGUGUGAGAAUGAGAUUUUU